AUGCUGGCAUUUACAUGCAUAUUACCACUAUUUCCAUCGAUUCUUAAUUAUUAUUCUAAAAACCAAGACGACUGGUUGUUCAACACAAUACAGCGGGGCCUGGUAAAAUUCGAGGAAACCCUGGGCGUCCCCGGGAAUGAUCGAUAUCAUAAUUCGUUUUUUGGAGGGCUGCUCGGCUCGCUAUUUUCUUCGCUCCAAUUUAUUUGUUCACCGACGCUGGGCGCGCUGUCUGACGUGUACGGGCGGAAGCCGCUGAUGAUUUUAUCGGCAUUUGGCACGGUGGCAUCUCAUGUGGUAUGGCUCUACUCGAGCUCAUUCUCCUUAUUUGUCCUAUCAAGAAUUAUUGGAGGCCUUAGCAAAGCUAACAUAAAUGUCGCAACUGCCAUUAUCACCGAUGUUUACAAGCCUGAGGAACGCCAAAAAGGAUUGGCUGUCAUCGGAAUGUCAUAUUCAAUCGGAUUCUUAAUUGGCCCAAUGAUCGGAGCAUUCUUCUCAAAAAUGGCCCCAGACAGUGAAUUCUACACAACCCCAGCCUAUUUCUCUAUUGCCAUGACAACUAUCUAUUUCUUGAUAGUACUUUUUGCCAUUCGAGAAACGGGAAAGAAAGCGACCAAAACCUCGACAAAUCUCACCCGGGUGAAGCAGCUGGUCGCCCCCAGGGAAUUGUUUAAAUUUUCAGCUGUCGAUGCCCCAGUUGACAAAAAGAAGGAGAUGCAAGAUAUCGGGCUAGUGUAUUUUGUUUAUCUAUUUUUGUAUGCGGGAUUGGAAUUUACUUUGCCUUUCUUGACCCAUGAACGAUUUGGAUUUGAUAGUAUGCAACAAGGUAAAAUCUAUCUUUUCACCGGGUUGUUGAUGCUGCCGAUUCAAGGCCAUUUCGUGCGAAAGACGCCAAUGCACAGACAAAAAUCCCUGACAAAUCUUGGGUUGCUAUGCAUCAUCCCAGCCUUCGUGCUCUGUGCCAUCGCGCAAAAUUUAUUGGUGCUUUACGCGGGGCUGGCGCUGUACGCGAUCGCCUCAGCCACUGUCGUCACGAGUCUGACAUGUCUCGUCACAAAUGUCCAUCCAACAAAGGACCAUGGUGCGCUGGCUGGAGUUUUUCGAAGCAUCGGAGCGUUGAGUAGGGCGCUUGGUCCAUUGGUUGCUGCUUCAGUUUUCUGGUUGCUUGGACCAACGAAAUGUUAUCUACUCGGCGCAGCACUUCUUGUAACGCCGUUGCUACUUGCAAGAAGAAUUCCUAACCCCCUGAAAUCGGAGAAAACGCUA